AUGAGUCAUCAAGAUCAGAAGUACCAGAACUUCCAAAUGAAUCAAUUAAAGAUGUAUCAGAACCAGCAACAACAAUACAGACAAAUGCAAAAUCAGCCAAUGCAAAAUAUGAAUUUUCAGCAAAUGUACCAGAAUCAAUUAAAAAAUUACCAGAUGGCGUUCAUGAAUGCAUACGGUUUCCCACCAAAUCAGCAAAAUCAAAUGAACCAAAUGUCAAUGAAAACGCAAAAUAUGAUGCAACCUCACCAAAACCAACAAAACCAGAUGAAUCAGAUGCAGAUGAUGCCAGGAAAGAUGGUUUCUCAAAAUCCAGAAAAUUCUCCAGCACAACCGCAACAAUCACAAACUUUUGAUGCUUCUACAAUGAGCAGGAGUGCAUCAAAUACGUCUCUGUCAUCUAUGGCAGGUCCUGACAUGGCACAACAGAACCAACAAAUGAUGAAUGCUUCGAAUUUUAUGCAAUCUCAAUUUAGCAUGCAAAUGCCACAAAACAACCAAUACCAAUAUCAAAUGCAAAUGCAGAACUCAUUACAGAACCAAAUGCAAAGCCAAGUUCAAAAUACUUCCACACAUAAUCUUUUAUCACAGAUGCAACAGCAACAACAACAGCAACAGCAGCAACCACAGCCAUCAGCACCUCAACAAGCUCAGCAGCAACCUCCUAAACCGCCUCAAAUGCCCACACAAAAGAAGCAAAAAUCAAAUCAAAUGAACCAAAACAAGAGGAAACCAAAGAAACACGCAGCUCCAUCAGACAUCGCAGAAUCACCACUUCCUCCUGCUCCAGAACAGAUACAACCCCCUAUCCAGCCGCAAAUUCAAAAUCAAAUCGGAAUGAACACGAAUGAGAUCAGCGAACUGACCAGAGUCAUCACAGGAAUGGGCGAAAAGAGCAAACUAUACUACAGAGUAUUCGGAUACAACGUAAAACGCUGCGAAAUCAAAUCAUUUCUCGAAUACUUUGCAAACAACGUCUACAAAUCAAUUCCCAAUGCAGUAAAGUACGCCAUGUACAUCGCCGAGCAAUUCCGACAGGGCGAAGACGGUAAAUUCUACAGACUUUUCGCAAAUCCUUCUUGUCCGACGGUUUUUGCGCCCGUAAAAAACAUCAAGCCCCAAUUUCAGAUUCUACAAUGUGCAGCCAACAAAUCUAAAGGUGUCGAGUUCAAUCUUGUUCCUCCCUCUAAGCGUGGCGAUGCAUUUCCAUACGGAGUUUUCAUUCCUCAGAUGCAAGAUUCAAAUGUUCCAAUAAUCAUCGACGACACGACUGAAGUACUUCCCAGUUCAUUCGGAGACAAGUACAUGUUCUAUAUUAUCCCACAAUCUUCUAAAUCUAAAAUUUCUAUCCGACCAGUUUUCCAAAAACCGCCCUCCACGCCCAUAACUUGGUUUUCAUUAUGUUAUGCUCAAAGCAAAGAUCCUCUCGAAGUAUUGUAUCAGUUGCUUGACAAGCAGCACAUCAAGAGGGAGUUGUUUGACCAGACAUUUGCUUUGACUCCGAAAUGUACAUCAUGUACAAAUGAUCCUUUGAAACUGAUCACGCAAUGCAUGAAAGGAAACGCGGCAUGCAUCGAAUGUGGAGCCCCUGUGAUACUGAAUGAGUUGAUAAUAAAAGUAAAGCCAUGCGCGGAACAGAAGAUAGAGAAUGCUGCUGCUGCUUCUGCUCAGGAAGACGCUGUUGCAAAAACACUCCAAAUUUCUCAGGUAAAUAUAAUGCCACAGCCUCUGCCGCCUGAACCAGAGAACCCUGAAGAGGAGAGGAUAGCAAUGGCACUCGGUGAAUCAAUAUUCCAGUGCAUAAGACCAAAACAAGAAGCAAGUGGUUGGAUAAAGACAAAAGAUGGCGAACUCUUCACGCCUGUAGAAGAAAGUAAUAAAUUUUAUGCAAGUUCAUUGUCUGAAAUGGAAAAGAUGCUUAGCGAUUUACAUGAUGAUUUCUUCUAA